AUGGCUGAAGAGACGUUCGACGAGGACAUCUUCGACGAUCUCUACGAUGAGCCGGAAGAGCCUGCAAAGUCAGCACCUGCGCCUGCAGCACCAGCUGCACUGGCCGACUCCGAACCUGUCGCGAGAAACGAGCCCGCCGUUGAUCCUGCUGUGGGCGCGCCAGGCUCUUUUGAUGGACAUGCUGCGCAAGACGAGUAUGCGCCCGUGGACGGCGACGCGCAAAUGGCUAGCUCGAAUUUUGCGGGAGCUGGAAACCAAGGCUCUGGAAAUGAGCACACUGUCGACGACAACUACGGUCCGAUAAAUGUCAAAGAAGAUGGGUAA